UUGAAAAUUGGUCUGACCCCACAUGAUCCAAACUCCCUCCAACGUUGAUGGUGGAUGACAGAUUCUUCUGUGAUGGUUGAUUUUUGACAUUCGGGGAGGGCCAGAAACGCAGCAAAAAUGUCAUCUGCAACUUCCCUUCGCUCUCCAUUCCUCUCACCUUCUUCUCCAUCGAAGCUUUCUUCUUCAUCGUCUUCUCAUUUUCACUCGCUUUCCUUCAAAUGUUCAAGAAAUCAACGCUCCCCUGCUUCUUACCCUCACCUCAUCAAAGCCGAGCUCGACCAGAACACGGUGGUGGCAGUAGCGGUUGGGGUGAUGAGCGUCGCUGCUGGAAUUGGUUUACCCAUUUUCUACGAAUCUCAAAUUGAUAACGCGGCAAAACGAGAUAACACGCAGCCAUGCUUCCCCUGCAGUGGAACUGGGGCACAGUCAUGCAGAUUUUGCACAGGAAGUGGUAAUGUAACAGUGGCGCUUGGAGGUGGUGAAAAUGAAGUCUCAAGAUGCAUAAACUGUGAUGGUGCUGGUUCUUUGACCUGCACCACUUGUCAAGGCAGUGGCAUUCAACCCAGAUACCUUGACCGCAGAGAAUUCAAGGAUGAUGACUAGAGAGUGUUUAUUGAGGCAUUAUGAUCAAAGGGUAAUUAACUUCAUUUACUGUGAAAGAUGAAUGAACAUCUUUGUUUCUUCCAUUUUCAUAUAAAGAAUAAUAUAUAUUUCUCUUCAGUAUUAAAUUUUUUGUAAAUUUCGUGAAUGAAUUCUUUUCAUUCGUGUUGUGCUAAUAACUACUGCUCAUUCAUUUUCUCCUUAUGUGUAUAACAGCAACAAGAA